AUGGGAGUGGAUGAGAACGAAGAGGUUCCGGAUAGAUUGAGAAUUGAGUAUGACAGAGAUAAUCCUUCUCUCACAGAAGGUGUCACAUUCGAAUCAAUGAUGGAUUGUAGGAAUGCACUUGCCACUUAUUGCAUAGUAAAUGAAUGUGAUUUUGUGAUUGAUAAGAGUGAGCCCACUAGAUUGACUGUUCACUGUCCAGACAGGAGGUGCCAGUGGCGGAUGCAUGCUUCCUAUAUGCGGAAUAGCACAAUUGUUCAAGUCAAAGUGAACCCAUUUCCUCAUACGUGUGUAAGAUCAGGAGAUGCACAAAAGGCAGCUAAAAGCAGAUGGUGUGCCAAUGCAAUGUUGGAAUGGGUGAGACAGAACCCAAGCAUUGGUCCAUCUGAACUGAUAAAGAGGCUCCAUGAGAAGUAUAACGUGAGGGUGCCUUAUAUGAGAGUGUUUUAUGGCAAGGAAAUGGCCCUCGACAAGAUUUUUGGUCCAUGGAAGGAUAGUUUCAACCUAUUGUACACAUACAAAGCUGAAGUGGAGAAGGCAUCUCCAGGAAGUGUUGUAGAGAUUGACCACCAAACAGUGUCAUAUAGAGUGAAAGGCAAGACAAUGAAAAAGGAAUGUUUCAGGAGGUGUUUUGUUUCUUUCGAGGCUUGUUGGAGAGGGUUUAGGGCUGGAUGCAGGCCUUAUCUGGCAGUGGACGCAACUGCUCUAAAUGGAAGGUUCAGAGGGCAGCUAGUUGCAGCUUCUGCAAUUGAUGCACAUAACUGGCUUUUUCCAGUUGCUUAUGGUGUGCUAGAGACUGAAUCAACCGAGAGCUGGACAUGGUGGCUUCAGAAUUUGAAACAGGCUGUGGGCUUUCCGGAAGGAUUGGUUAUCCAUACAGAUGCUUGCAAGGGAUUAGAAAUUGCAGUAGACUUGGUGUUCCCUGGAGUGGAACAUAGGGAGUGCAUGCGCCAUCUUGCUGCAAACUUUGGCAAAAGAUUCAAGGGAAAGUUGUUUGACGAUAAUUUAUGGUCGGCAUCAUUGACAUGUAGUCUCAAGAAACAUAACUACCAUGUGAGCCAAAUGUACAGGAAGCCAAAAGUGAAGCCCUACAUGGAUGACAAACACACAAAGAUAUGGAUGAGAAGCAAGUUCAAUGAAUUAUGUAAGGUAGAUUAUGUGAACAACAACUUGGCGGAGUCUUUUAAUGCAUGGGUUAGGAAAAUCAAGGACCUUCAUGUGGUGGAUUUGUUGGAUAGAAUUAGAGUGAUGAUUAUGGCCAAGUUUGAGUUGCGCCAAAGAAUUGCAAGGGAAAGAUUUGCAGGUCACAAGAUAAUUCCAGUGGUGAUGACAAGGUUGCAUGAUAAAACAAGAGGUUUGAAAAUGUCACUCGUUCGGCGCAACCCCUAUGAGGCUGAAGUGACUGCAUUGGACAGGGAGAAGAGGGAAUGGAAAUACGUGGUUCACUUGGAGAGGAUGACGUGCUCUUGUAGACAGUGGCAGAUUACUGGAGUGCCGUGUGUCCAUGCCCUCUUUUUCAUUACAUCCCUUAGUGGUCGGGCUAGAGAAAUUGAUCAAUAUGUACAUGAUUACUACUCAGUUGCCCGGUUUAAUGCUACAUAUGUGGACAAUGUGCCUGCUAUAGAGUCCAAACAUCAAUGGGACUUUGUCGAUCCUGGAUUCGUGCUCCAGCCUCUAGUUCAGGGAAGGGCACCAGGAAGGCCCAGGAAAGUUAGAAUAAGAUCAAGUUCUGAGGGCAGUGGACUUGGACCAAGGAAGCGAAAAUGCAAAAGAUGUGGAGGAUUAGGACAUAUUGCAAGAAUUUGUAAAAAUGCAGUAGAUCCAGCUUUCGGAGAGGAUGAGCAUUGGGGUGCAGAAAAUGCAGAUGGGCCACUAGAUCCCUCCACUACGGUGCCCUCCACUGCUGCCUCUGUUAUGCCUUCCUCCUCUACGAUGCCAUCCUCUGUUGCCUCUACGGUGCCCUCCACUGCUGCCUCUGUUAUGAAGAAAAUGAAGAAAGUAAAAGAGGUGGCGGGUACAAGUGAGGACCAAGUUGUGGCAAAAGAGAAGAAAAGAAAGAAAGGAAAAGAGGUGGCGGCUACAAGUGAGGACUAG